AUGACUGUCCCCCUGUGGGUGGUCACCCUGGCCUUGGCUGCCCUCUUCCUUGUGGACAGGGAAGUGUCAGUGUCGGCAGCAAAGUUCAUCUUCUCAAGAAUGCCCAUCUGUGAGCACAUGGCAGAAUCUCCAGUCUGCCCCUAGAUAUAUGACCCGGUCUGUGGCACUGACAGGGUCACGUAUGACAGUGAAUGCAAGCUCUGCUUGGCUCGCAUAGAAAAAAGACAGGACAUCCAGAUCGUGAACGAUGGCAAAUGCUAA